AUGCACAGGCAGCUACGCUUGGAUACCUCCGUUGGAGACAGUCAGCGAUAUUCCUUCAUUGAGACGCCACUUGAAAUGCAUGCUUCUGGAUUACGAAAUGGUCAACAGCAGCAAGAACCACUGCCGUCGCAAUCAAUAGCAGGAUCCAAGUCUGAUCCUCUACCCGCACAGGCUGCAGCAGAGCAAGGACAACCAAAACGCCUACCACCAUUGAAUGAGAAGGCGCAGUAUGUGCGGCAAGAAAUGAUGUCUCCUGGUCACCCAGGAGGGCCGAAUUCUGAAGAGCACCCUGCCAUCUCUGCCCCCUUUGCCGACGUGGUGCCUCAGCCGGUCCAGCAACACGAUGCAGUUGUGCCGGACUACUCGUAUGCGGUGCCGCCUCCAAACUCCCCAGGACCACUUCCGGCCAAGACCUAUCCAGAAACCCCAGCGCAAGUAACCCGGUUACAAACUAUGGCUAUUGUACCGGACACGAAUCCCCUGCAGUCUCCACAAGUACCCUACUUUCCUGGACCACCGAAGGCCUCAGGGACAUCCUACACGCCAUUGGCAGACGAAGUUGCAGCCUACCAUCGGCCAGGCCAGGGCUCAUGGCGACAAUCCAACAUAGACGAAUCCGCAAAGCGUAUGGUAUCCGAGGAGACAUUGCAUCAGAUUGUGUUAGAGCGACCUGUUGUACAUGCUGCACUCUCAUACAGGAUGAAAAAGAAAUCAAGACACGUGAGGAAGAGCGUGCGAAUGCAGCCAGGGCUACAGGAGCAAUCCUUGUAUCGCCGUAUUUGGCUCCCCCGCAGAUGA